AAUAAAAUAGUACUAAAGAUAAACACACGUUCAUUAUUUCGUUUCUUUCUUUAUUUGGAGAAAAAAAGAAUAAGAAACAGUGCAUCCUACUUAGUGCACUAAUUUAAAGUGAUUUGGGACUGAAUCUGUAGUUUGUAAUGCCUGACGUCAGAAUCACUUGGCGGGAGUCGCUUAUAACGGUAAUAAAGAUGGCGGAGGAGGCGGCAGGCAGUGUGAAGUGUCCUGUGUGUGCUGGGGAAUUUAAGUCGAGCAAAAUUAACGAUCACUUGGAUAAAUGUUUGGAUCAGAGCUGGAAAAGCGAGGACGAGCCUCCGGCUAAAAAGUCCCGCGCUAGCAGCGAGACAGAGAGCGACCCUGGAGCUCCUGGAGAAGGGACUUGUGGGGCGGGAGUGAAACCGAGUCGACCUCCGGUGUUUUCACUGUUCAACAGCAGCAGCAGCAAGUCGUUAUCAUCGUCCCAACAGAGGAGUGCUGAAGGAAUGACACGCGGUACAGCGUCGCCUAGCAACGCGCACGCCAGCGCCACACUUCCGGGUUCGGAAGCAGAAACCCGGAAGCAGCGUGAUGAAGCCGAGCUGCUUAAACAGCGGCUGCUGAGCGCAGACAAACCUCUGGCGGAGAAGAUGAGGCCCAACACCCUGGAGGAGUACUUUGGACAGAAUAAGGUGUUAGGAGAACACACACUGCUCAGGGGUCUGCUGCAGUCACAGGAAGUUCCCUCUCUCAUCCUGUGGGGACCGCCUGGAUGUGGAAAGACAACUCUGGCUCACAUCAUCGCCAGCUCCAGUAAAAAGAAAGGCACAGCACGCUUUGUGACCCUCUCAGCCACGAGCACGUCGACCAACGAGGUGCGGGAGGUGAUUAAACAGGCACAGAACGAGCUACGCCUCUGCAAGAGGAAAACUAUACUGUUCAUCGACGAGAUACAUCGCUUUAACAAAUUGCAACAGGACACGUUCCUGCCUCACGUGGAGUGCGGGACGAUCACGCUGAUUGGAGCUACCACGGAAAACCCGUCGUUUCAGGUGAACAGUGCACUACUGAGCCGAUGCAGGGUUCUGGUCCUCGAGAAGCUGAGCGUGUCGGCUAUGAGCUCGAUAUUGCGCCGGGCCGUGGAUUCACUCGGACUGAUUGUGUUACCGGACAACUGUUCGGGGACAGGACACUCUGCAGAACGGCAGGUGUUUAUAGAGCAAAAGGCUUUGGACACCAUCGCUCACCUGUGUGACGGAGACGCUAGAGCGGCACUUAACGGCUUACAGCUGGCUGUGCAAGCAUGCAUGAGCAAGACCCUCAACAGAGAAACGCACACUCCUCAGGACACCGUGGUCCAGGAGGAGCAUGUAAAAGAGGGUUUACAGAGAUCGCACAUUCUCUACGACAGAGCAGGUGAGGAACACUACAACUGCAUCUCAGCCCUGCAUAAGUCAAUGAGGGGUUCAGAUGAAAAUGCUGCCCUCUACUGGCUGGGCCGGAUGUUGGAAGGAGGUGAGGACCCGCUGUAUGUGGCACGCAGGCUGGUGCGCUUUGCCAGCGAAGACGUAGGUUUGGCCGAUCCUGCUGCUCUCCCUCAGGCGGUGUCUGCGUUCCAGGCCUGCCACUUCAUAGGCAUGCCCGAGUGUGAGGUGAUCCUAGCUCAGUGUGCGCUCUACCUGGCCAGGGCCCCUAAGUCUAUCGAAGUGUAUAGAGCCUAUAACAAUGUUAAAGCGUGUCUAAGGAACCACAAAGGCCCUUUACCCCCAGUGCCACUUCACCUCCGCAACGCUCCCACUAAGCUGAUGAAGGAGAUAGGCUAUGCUAAAGGCUACAAAUACAACCCAGCAUUCAAGGGGCCAGUGGAUCAAGAAUAUCUCCCUGAGGAACUCCGUGGCAUCAACUUUUUCACCUGGACGCCAUCUGACUAAUGAACUCAUCUUUUUGUAUGUGGGGAUGUUGGCUGCUUCAUUUGCACUUUUGCAACUGUUCAUGUUGUUAAUAAUUAUACAAUCUGCACUAAUGCCAUGUGUAAUGUUCAUUCAUGACUUUCUGUCACUCAUAUAAGGUUUACAUUUUGUUGUUUUUGUAAUUAAUUGUAAUGUAAUUAAUUGUAAUGAGAUUACUUAUACACACACACACUAUAUUCUAAAAUUACUGUGUAAUGUGUAUUAAUUUUUUUUUUUUUUUACACUUU